GACUGGUUCGCUUUCCUGGACAAGAGGAUCGACGCUAUGGAGCUUUGGGCACCCAAAGGCACAAUCUCGAGUGGCAAACAAGAGAAGAAACCGCAGCCCAAAGGCACUGUGAAGUCGCACCACACUGAAACCUUGAAGUGCCCCAAGUGUUCUUCAUCUCAUCAGCUGUUUCAAUGCGAUGCCUUCAAAGCCAUGACUCUUCCAGACAAGCGCCGAUUUGCAUUCGCUCAGAAAGUGUGCUACAAUUGUCUGAGGACAAACCACAUUUCUGAAAAGUGUCCAUCAAAGUCGACGUGCCGUGAAUGCAAUCAGAAACACCACACAAUGUUGCAUCCCAAUGAUGCUCCCAAACCACAGACGCCUCCUGCACAGCCUGCGGAGGCACCCGUGCCUGCCUCCAGCAUCACUUCCCACCACAUGUCAGCCAAGAACCGUGUUCUACUCCCAACGGCAUUGGUGAAAGUAGCGGACAAGCAUGGCAAUCAGCAGGAAUGUCGCAUUCUCGUUGACACUGGGGGAGAAUGCACAUUCAUUUCCGAAGCAUGCGCUCAGCGACUUGGUCUCCCUCGGCGCAACGGCCGACUUGGUGUGAAUGGCCCCGGGGAAGUCACCGUCGCACACACAAAAGGAUUGGUCAGUCUUGUUCUCUCCUCCAUACAUGAUCCCGGGGAGCACAUUCAAGCGGAUGCUUAUGUGCUCUCCAAGCUCACGUCUAUGUUCCCUGGCGAAAAGAUUGUUGAGCCAAAAUCGUGGCAACAUUUGAAAACGCUCCAGCUAGCCGAUCCCACUUUCGGCACUCCUGGUACGAUCGACAUCAUUCUGGGAGGUGACUAUGCGCUGGCGAUCAAUUUGCCACAAAUUCUACACAGCGAGACUGGCGUUCCAGUGGCUCAAUUGACUAUUUUUGGAUGGAUUUUGGGCGGCAAGAUCGGAGGUCAAGCUGCGAAAGUCACGUCGUUCCAUACUUCGGUCAAUCUUGACGCCGCAUUGACUCGCUUUUGGGAACACGAGGAUGUGCCCCACCCGAAAGCAAAAUUCCUCUCGGAAGAGGAACAAUUCGUGGAAAAACAUUUUGUGGAAAAUGUCAAGAGGUUGGAUUCUGGUCGUUACGAAGUCCAUCUUCCUUUCAAGCCCAACCACCCGGACUUGGGCAACUCGAAAGCAGCAGCUCUCCAGCGACUGCGAGUGAUGGAGAAAAAGUUCACGAGGGAGCCCAUCUUUCAACAGAGCUACGUAGACUUUAUGAAAGAAUACUUGGAGAUGGGUCAUAUGGAGCUUGUGGCGGCGGAGGAAUGUUUUGAGAACGCCAAAUCAUACUUCAUUCCUCAUAUGGCCGUCCUCAGGCCCUCCAGCACCACCACGAAGCUGCGAGUCGUGUUCGAUGCGUCGGCGCGCACGAAGCCGACAAACGUCUCGCUGAACGACAUCCUUGCGAUCGGGCCAACCAUCCAACAGGAUUUGGUAUCCACCCUUCUAAAAUUUCGGACCUACCGGUACGCAUUCGCAGCAGACAUUGAGAAGAUGUACCGGCAGGUGAGUGUAGCACUCCCAGACAGAGACUACCAGCUGAUCCUCUGGCGUGAUAGCAUCCAGGAGGCCAUCAGAACGUACCGUCUCACAACUGUUACAUACGGCACAGCCUGUGCGCCGUAUCUUGCAACUCGAGUCCUCCAACAGAUUGCGUUGGACAAUGGAAAGGACUUUCCGGAGGCAUCUCAUGCAAUCCAGAUGGGGUUCUAUAUGGAUGACCUUCUCUACGGGGCUGAUACAGUGGAGUCAGCGAUGCAGUUGAUGCACGAUAUUCAUGCCAUCCUAGCCCGCAGCGGGUUUCGUCUUCGAAAAUGGUCAUCGAAUUCAUCGGCAGUACUCAACGAAAUCCCUCCCGAAGACUUGGCAGUUACCCCAGCGGAUGUAGACAACUGCUCCAAGUCAAUAUCAACUCUCGGUCUUCAAUGGUCACCCGGCAGUGACACUUUUGCUCUGACAAUUGAGAAAAUUCCACCGGUCACAACAAAACGAGAGCUUUGUUCAGCAGUGGCGAAGAUUUUCGAUCCGCUAGGGAUCAUCUCUCCCGUCACUUCCGCAAUGAAGAUGAUCUUCCAAAAGUUGUGGCUCUGCGAUGCGGACUGGAAUGACUCUUUGCCAAACGCAAUCAUUGAUGAAUUCAACUUCUUCAGGGACGAGAUCGAGUGUCUCACUGAAGUCAAGUUGCCUCGUUUCAUUCCACAUGGAGAUGUGAUGGAACUCCACGGUUUUUCAGACGCGUCGGAGAAGGGAAUUGGAGCCGUCAUUUACGUCCGAGGAUGCAAUCAAGACGAUGAGACCACAGUUCGACUCUUGAUUGCCAAAGCUCGCGUAGCACCUCUGAAACCCACAUCUAUCCCGCGCCUGGAACUUUGUGCGGCCCUCCUUCUUGCAAAACUGUUUGAGAAAGUCAAGGAGGUGUUCUCAUCCCGAUCAAUCGCAGUCACUGCUUGGUCGGACUCAGCAGUUGUUCUCCACUGGCUUCAUCAUCAUCCCAGCAGGUGGAAGACCUACGUGGCGAAUCGCUGUGCUGAAAUUCUCGACAUUGUUCCUGCAGCUCAAUGGAGACACAUCGCAUCCGCCGAUAAUCCAGCAGACUGCAUCUCUCGAGGCUUGACACCAAAGGAGCUCAAUCAGCAUCAUCUAUGGUGGACAGGGCCACCCUGGCUCGUGCAAGACAGUGAACAGUGGCCUCCAAGUCUCAUUGAUCUGCCAAGUUCUCUUCAGACUGGUGAGGAGAAGCCACCCAAAGUUACGUCGCAUCUGGCGACACCACCGAAAACACUUGAGCUCUUCCACAAGUACUCUAGUGUCUCUACAUUGAUACGCAUUGUCGCUUACGUUCUCCGCUGGAAACGCAAGUAUCAGGGUGAGCAAUUGAAAGGACAACUUUCAGUUCAGGAACUUGACAAUGCACGUCACUGUCUCAUCAAGAUUGUCCAAAGCGAGGGCUUUCCGGACGAACUGAAGCAUCUGCAAAAGGGUCAGCAGAUGAAGAGUGGCAGCAAGCUCCGCUCUCUGGUGCCAUUUCUCGACAGCGAAGGAAUUAUCCGAGUCACGGGCAGAAUUCAGAACUCUGAGUUGGGACCUGAAACGCGACAUCCUAUUCUGCUUCCCGGAAAACAUCCUUUCACCCUGAAGCUCAUCGAGAAUGUGCAUAUCUCUCAUCUACAUUCAGGCCAUACACUGACUCAGAGCAUUCUCAGGGCACGGUAUUGGAUCAUCGGAGAACGUACCAGUGUCAAGUCAGUGAUUCACAAGUGCAUCCCUUGCUUCAAGGUGAAGCCAAAACCGGAAACUCCUAUGAUGGGAAAUCUACCAAAAGUGAGAGUCACCGCAGACGAAGUAUUCAAAAAUGUGGGGAUUGAUUACGCAGGUCCCAUUCGUCUGCGAUCCAGCAACUUGCGAAAGGCUCCAACUCUGAAAGGUUACAUCUGCCUCUUCAUCUGUAUGGCAACCAAAGCCAUUCAUCUGGAAGCCGUGUCGGAUAUGUCAACAGAAGCAUUCAAAGCAGCUUUGGCCCGCUUCACUGGUCGACGUGGACACCCGGCUCAUAUUUAUUGUGACAAUGGUUCAAAUUUCCUUGGCGCUGUUGAAGCAGUUGGAGGCAAGGAGAAUCGCAAACGUCAACAGGACAAAAUUGUGAAAUUCAUGUCUGACACCGGAACUCAGUUUCAUUUCAUUCCUGCGUACUCCCCUACGUUUGGUGGACUUUGGGAGCGGGGCAUCGGAAACGUGAAACAUCACCUGAAACGAGUUCUUACGGACACACUCCUUACUUUCGAGGAACUGGCCACAGUACUCAUCAGAAUCGAGGCAUGCCUCAAUUCUAGGCCUUUGUGUCCCCUCUCUCCCAACCCAGAUGACUUCGAAGCUCUGACUCCAGGGCACUUCAUUGCGUUGAGGCCGUUGACACAGCCUCCUUCAACAAAUUACCUCAACACCAAUCCCAACCGGCUGACCCGAUGGAAGUACCUACAGAGGCUCUCUCAGGAGUAUUGGAAAAGGUGGCACAGUGAGUAUGUUACUUCUCUACAACAACGACCGAAGUGGCAGAUCUCCCAGAGGAAUCUUCAGCCCGGUGACCUGGUGUUGGUCAAAACUGACAAUCUAUCCAGUGGUGAUUGGGAACUAGGAAGAAUUGUUGAGGUACAUGUGGGUUCUCAAGGAGCAGUUAGAGCGGCCACCGUCAACAUCAAGGGCAGCAUCUCAUGUCGGGCUGUCAACAAAAUGGCAAAACUUCCUGUGGAUUCAAACCCGGAAAUGGAUUCUUGAGUUAAACUCAACCCGGGGAGAAUGUCCGAGGAAAACUCCUCGGAGUUUUUGCGUUUUAUUCUUUAAUGGGUAGACAACAUGUCUACUUUUUGUCUUUUUCAUAACCUACAAAUGAGUUCAAUGUGUGAAAACGUGUUUGCUAAUAUUUCUUUAAAAUAACUUGUAUUUUCUUUGAAUUUAUUAAAUAAACGUAGUUAGAAGUAUCCAUUGAGUAUAUAGUUGGAUUUAGUGAGUGCGUCCACUACCUAGGAGAAGAGAGAUACACACCAGCUGCAAUUUUCCGUCGCUUCAAACCGGAUGCUUAUUAAUUUUAUGCUAUAUCGUUCAAGGUCUGUGUUAUUCUGACUGAAUCUACCUCCCACGCCAAUUGGAGAGUAUUACUAAUAUAUGCUGAUAUACUUAAAGGUAUUUCUCGCUACAACACGAUAAAAGUGAAUUGAAGCGAGAAUUCAAAACUGUAUUAAUUACAAUUUCCACUGUUGAGCAUGUUGGAGCAGCAGCUCCACAAGUGUUCCAUAGAUUUGUAAUGUAUUUCCCCCGAUGUUGUGUGUCGGACAAACCGGGAAAAUGAGCAAUUUUCACGGUACAAUAAAAAAAAACCUACAAGCAAAUUGCGCGCUUAUUUGCUAUUCUAAUUUGGGAUUUUGUUUGAACACCAUGUUUUACAGCCGUAAGAAAAUCUUUACAUAAGAUUAGAAUCCUCCAUAGCACCUCUAUGCUCUUCCCGCACUGGAGACACUCCUAAGUCUCGAGAAAAGUGUCACAGAGGUUUCUUUCUCUCUUUAAAUUAAAUUUCUUCAUCGUGGAGUUUGUGGCACACACACGAAAAAAAUUGACUAAUCGUUUGAAUAAAAACUUCCGUGUUUUCUACUAAAACAAACAUUAUUUUUUCAGCAGAAAUUUGAGAUUUUAUAUUUUUGAAAGGGAAUGCAUUUUUGACCUU